UUGCCAUGAGUAGCGACCACGACGACCUGUCCGCGCGCGAGGGCCGCCCCGAACGAGUGCGACCUCGUCGCCUGGAGCCGGACACCCUGUCGUACCUCGAGGAAGUGAACGAGUCGUUUGUACAGAACCUCAAGGAUGGCGACGUUGAAACAAGUCGCAUGCUGCUGUGGAACGUGCUGGAAGAAAUCGCGCCACGCAUUGCGAGUGCUGCGUCCGACCGACAUGCAUGCGCAUACAUCGAAGUCCUCGUCGACCACAUGUCCGCGCAACAACUGCGAUUCUUCCUACACAAGAUGGAAGGGUACUUUAGCCAUUUGUGGACAAAUCGGUACUCGUCCCACGUGCUGCAGCGUGUGCUUUCGAAAGUUGGCGCGAUAGUCGAAAAUGAAGUCAAAGGCGAGACUGCCGACGAUGACGACGACGACCGCGCUGCAGGAGUGCCCGAGAUGGCGACCCUUGUCGUCACCAUGUGCGCCGAGGUUCAGAACGAGUGGUUGACACUCAUCAACGACGUGAGUGCAAGCCACGUGAUGCGCGCUGUGUUUUGCGCGCUGGCGGGACGGGCACCCGUAGUCGAGAAGCGGGGGAAGAAGGGCAAGCACAAAGCGCUGCAGUUCCAGGCGAAUCCAUCCGACGCGGCAUCAGGGUCGACGGAAGUACCUGCAGCAUUCCAAGACACGCUCGCCGAAAUGCUUGAACUUGUCCUCGCGAGCUCGGACGGCAAACUCAUGGAGCUCAUGUCGGACUCGCAUGCGGGGCCAGUACUUUCGAUGGCCGUCCGCGUCGCGCCGGCAUCGAUCCAGUCGAAAGUGAUCUUCAAAUUGCUCAAGUGGAAUGACGAAGAGCGAAGCAAGCAGCGGUUCUACGACUUUGCGGGCGACUCGGUCGCGAGCCAUUUCCUGGAAGCGGUGUGCCACUCGUGCGACGAAGACGUGUGGACCGCCGUCUUUGAACGGUGCUUGCAAGGCCGACUUCUAGAGUUUGCCGAACAUGCCAUCUCAAACUUUGUCGUGCAAAACUUUAUUCAGCGCACACCAACCCCCGAAUUCGCCGAGACUGUGUUGGACGAGUUGCAGGGGGCGCUGUGGAGUUUGCUGUCCAUGCAUCGCGCGGGUGUGAUCUGGCGUCUCGCCGAGCUCUGCGUGCGGUUCAAAUUGCGUGAAAAGAGCUUCUUCCUGGCGUUGGUGGCCGGCGUGGAAAAGCUUGAGAGCGCCAAGCCUGAGCCAGCUCGGCGUGACGUUGUGUCGGCGCUCAUUGGACUCCAGCUCUCCAACAACCAGAACUCGAGGCUGACGCUGAACGUUCCCGGCGCCCGGAUCAUUGAAACGAUGCUCAAGUUUCCCACCGACGUGGCGACUCCGUUGACGCAAAGCAUCCUGAAACUCAAUUCGCUGCAGCUUGUGGCACUCGCCAAGGACUCGACUGGGAGCCGCUGCCUUGUGGAACCGAUCUGGGCAAGCGAGAGCGACGACGCGAAACUCGCCCUCUAUGAAAAGCUCAAGGGCCAAUUUGGGUCGCUCGUGUUGGAUCGAAACGGGUCGUUCACGGUGCUCAAGUGCUUUGACGUGAUGCCGCUCGCCGAAAAGACCGCGAUCGUCGACGAACUGGCGGCCGUGGACGGCAAGCUGGCUGGGAGCCACUUUGCCUCGAUGGUUCUCACGCACUGCAACGUCCAUGAGUUCAAGUCGAAUCGGGAAAAGUGGCUGUCGUCGCACGAGCGAAAGAAAAAGGUGAAAGAGCUCUUCUCCGACUUUCUCGGCGACGAGUCGAACAAGCGAAAACCCAACAAAUCCGCCGACGACGACGCUCCCCGCACGUCCAAGAAGGCCAAAAGAGCUAAAAAGGAGAAAAUCUAACGCGUGCGUGUCGAAGUGUGCCGCCGUGGGGACGCGUCGACGGUGCAUCCAUCACCGAGUCCUAGGACAGUCACGAUCGUGAAAGAGGUCGUGCCGCUGGAAACCCCGGCGAUACAAGGGGGAAACGUGCACGGCAAGCACAGCGUCGCGUCCCUGCUCCGGUGGAGGAGUUCAAGGACCUCGUUUGAAAAUACAUGCAGAUGACUCGACGCCA